CAAAAAUAACACCUCCUCUUGUUCAGCACCCAAAGUCGAAGGAUAGCUCUGGCCUUUCAAUGGAAGAAAGUGCUAGAUUUGUCAGUGUUGUAUAAUAUAACCAAUUCUCAGUGUCCAUGUUUGUUUGGGAACGAUCGGAAUUGUCUACAUUUACUGUGAGGGACACAAUUGGCGUCAAACAUGCGUAAAAACCAACGCUAUCCAAGCAGGGAACCACCGAGAAAGGAAUUAUCGCCGCUCAUCUGAGGCCAAUCUCCAUUAUUUUUGUCAAAUAAGGAAACAUAACACAGCUAGCAAGCUAACGUUAGCUCCGCAUAUAUCUAGACGAGUCUUCACACAGAAAGCUGAGAUUUUAGCAGAUAAUCAGGAUUGGAUCUACAAUCGCACAGCAGCAGGAAAACCUAUAGGCAGCAAUGGGUGCAUUCCUGGACAAGCCGAAGACGGAGAAACAUAGUGCCCACGGUGAGGGCAAUGGGCUGCGUUACGGCCUGAGCUCCAUGCAAGGCUGGAGGGUGGAAAUGGAGGACGCCCACACAGCUGUGGUGGGUCUUCCCCAUGGACUCACCGACUGGUCUUUCUUUGCUGUCUACGAUGGUCACGCUGGCUCCCGGGUGGCCAACUACUGUUCUGGUCACCUGCUGGAGCACAUCUUGUCAGGAGGGGCUGAAUUUGCUUCAGGACCCAGCUCCGUGGAAGGCGUGAAAGACGGCAUCCGCUCUGGCUUCCUGAACAUUGACGAGUAUAUGCGCAGCUUCUCAGACCUGCGGCAGGGCCUGGACCGCAGCGGAUCAACGGCAGUAUGCGUGUUGCUCAGCCCGACCCACCUCUACUUCAUUAACUGCGGUGACUCACGGGCUGUGCUUAGUCGAGACAGCAAGGUGGGCUUCUCCACCCAAGACCACAAGCCCUGCAACCCACGUGAAAAGGAGCGCAUCCAGAAUGCUGGCGGCUCAGUCAUGAUCCAGAGGGUAAACGGUUCCCUGGCUGUGUCCCGGGCCCUGGGGGACUACGACUACAAAUGUGUGGAUGGUAAGGGCCCCACGGAGCAGCUGGUGAGCCCCGAGCCUGAGGUAUGUGUGUUGGAGCGGGUAGCCGAAGGAGACGAGUUUAUAGUCCUGGCGUGCGAUGGGAUCUGGGAUGUCAUGUCCAACGAGGAGCUGUGUGAGUUUGUCCAUUCACGACUUCUGGUGUGUGACGACCUUGAGAAGGUCUGUAACUCAGUGGUGGACACCUGCUUGCAUAAGGGGAGCAGGGACAAUAUGAGUGUGGUGCUGGUGUGUUUCUCUGCGGCUCCCAAGAUCUCAGAGGAGGCUGUGAAGAAGGAAGAGGAAUUGGAUAAAUACUUGGAAACCCGUGUUGAGGAGCUUAUGGGAAACUGUGGAGAGGCUGGAGUCCCUGACCUGGUAUCUGUCCUAAGGAGCAUUGCCUCAGAGAACAUCCCGAACCUUCCUCCUGGUGGAGGCCUGGCCAGCAAGCGGAGUGUGAUCGAGGCUGUGUACAACAGGCUGAACCCUCACAGAGAAGAAGAAGGGGCCUGUGCGGGGGGAGAGGAGGAGGAGGAGGAGAGUGAGGAGGGAGGUGGCAGCACGGCAGCUCAUCUGCUGGAGGCUCUUCGGCAGUUCCGCAUGCACCACCGGGGGCAGUACCGCUCGGUGUUGGAGGAGUCCCUGGCUACCUACCAUCUGCGGGGGGAGAGUGCUGUUGAGAGAGCAGGGGAGAGAAGGAGGACGACCGACGACUGUGACAACCAGGACGAACCCGCCUCCCCUCCCUCUCCCCCUUCGCCCCCGCCCUCACCCGCCAUUGCAGAGCUGGAGGCCAGCCAAGACGAGCCCAUCCCAAAGUCUGAUCCCUCCUCUGACUGACCACCUGCCUGUAUACCCAACCACCCUCUCAUCCAUCCUAUCCCAGAGCUCUAGUGAGAUGUGCUAUGACCUCUCCUCCUCUGUCCUUCAUCGCAGAACUUGAAUGGCCACGUCCAGCUUUGUAUUUGAAUAAUUCAUUAGGAACAACAAAAAGGGCUUUUCUGUCCAUUCAAGUUCUGUAUCUGAGACAUACAUAUAUAUAUCUAUAUACCUUAGAUGUGGACUCUUUGAUUUUUCUUCCUUUUUGUUUCUUCUGACCACUUUGGCUUGGAUUCCCAAACUUAAACUUGAUCACAGAAGCAGAUUUAUUAACUAAUUUUCAUGGUAAACAAAAUAAAAAUAUAACAAGCAAAAGUGGCUAGUGAAGCCAAAGUGAACAUUGCACUCUAUGGCUUACAUUUAUCCGUAUUUGCUUCUGGCUGACCCCACCCUCACCCCCACCCUUAAGCCUCACCCCCACACCUUCAUACAGUGGAGGAACUGACAAAGAAAACACGAGGAGACAUUCUGAACUGCAGCUGUGCAACCUUUUGCACUGUCUCCAGGCCUACUCCAUCUACAGACUCAGAACACACUCUUCUUGUGUUUUUGUAUGUGUGUUUAUGUGUGUGUGUCUGCAUGAGUUUGAGUGACCGAGCAAGAGCCCAGUAAUCACUACUGAAACGUGUGUUUCUGAUUGCUUGCGAUACUUGACAGUUACACAGUCCAUCAGCUGCUCAGCGAUGGUAGGUUGUUCAAACCAGUCUGGAUGCAAAUUAAGUCUUUGCAGCUUCCACAUGAUUACAUAAAAAAAUAAUAAAUCGCUUGAUACUGUUGUUGGUGGGGUAGAGUGCGGUGGGGGUGUAAAUGGCUCUUUGAACAGUAGAAAGCAAAGUUAUUAAGUGGAUAAAAUUUUGGUGCCAGAGCGGCAAUUAUAGUUCUCCCUAAAAAUGUUUAGUCAUGCACUGAGGUGUUUUUGUUUUUGUUUGUUUUGUUAUGUUUUUACAGCAACACGCGCAUAGCCACAUUAUCUUAAAAUGCUAAGCACUACAUUGUAUGAUGCGACCUACAUUUGUACUAACAGCUGUUUGAUUGGAUGGCGUGUUCACAGCUUAGCACUAGUAUUUCAAACUGGAAACGUGGGCCUUACUAACAGAACGUUAGCGUUAAUUAGUAUAACCUGUGGAACCAUAGACUGUAUAUAAAAGAUGAACGUAGUUCCGGGUCUGAAAAGUAAAGUAUGUAGAAGUGCCAUAAACCUGGAUUCCUUCUAAUUCCCAGCAGGGGAGAGCGACUCCUGUUCUAUACAUUUAAAAAUGCACUCCUACUUAUUGCUAUAUGACUCCGUGGAGGCUUUAUGGUCUUAAUUUGUAGUUUCAAGUCAUAUGUAAUACAAAAUUAUGCUCAUUUUGUAAAUUUUGGUCCCAAUUCAGGUCAAAAAUGUGGAUAAACCAGUGUAUGCUUUAGGGUGGGUCUACCUUCUCGCUUCUGUAAUCCAGUUUGAAUACAAAAACAGUAAAAACUCACUAACCAACGGGCGAGAUAAUGGUGGCCAUCUUUUGUUUACAGUCUAUGUUGCAAACCUAUUGUUGGCAGUUUUUCCAAAGCUGCUUUUCACUGCAUCGAUCAGUGAAAGGCAAACUGUAAAAACUGGUAACUGCUGAUAAGAUUAGGACAUGGGUGACAUUGGGACUCCUCUGCUUUGAUUACAUCAGUUCUGUCAGUCUAAAGGUAGCACACCAUGUGGGAUGGCGACCACAAGUAUUCCUGCCUUCUCGAUCUUACCUUACAAAAGUGAUACGUAUACAUAUCGGUGGGACGGCUGAUGUCAUACUGUUCACCUGUGGUGAAUUACACUCGGACUACAGUUGAUAUGUUUCAUGUGCGAUGGCUCUCUGUCUGUAAUCAGUUCAAGGUAUUAUUAAUAAUCAAGGUUUUCCAAGAGUCCUUUUUAGCUUUUGUUUAAAAAACCCCACAUUGCAGCAUAUUAUAUUCCUCACAGGUUGUGCCAUUGCCUGUACAGAUCGAGUCAAUCUUAAACACUUACCUCGAUGUAACAGAUAUAUUGAAACUGACUGCUUGACCUGCAGAGUUUAUUCUUAUUCAGGUAGAUGGAGGUUAUUGUGAGUCUGUACAAGCCCUGUAUUCUGGUAAUGCAUGCGCUGCACUUACCUUUUCAAUAUCUAAAGCACUUAACUAUCAGAGGGGAGGUAAUGCUAAACGGCGUACGUGCGUGUGUGUGUGCGUGCUCGCGCCUGUAUGUAUGAGCUGUAUUUCUAUGAUUUCUAUGUGGUUGUGUGGAACAGGUUAGUUCUGCAAAUAAGAAAUAAAAAGGAUUUGAGGUAUAAUGCAAUGAUUUGUGUCAAGUGUCUCACUGUAAACUAACUGUAUGUAUUUAUGUCUUGGGGUUUAUUUUUUUCUAUUUUUCGUUUAGGCCCUGUACCAAAUCAGUCAUCUUGCAGAUCAGGGGUUCAAAGUUGACAUUUUUCCAUUCAGAAGUGAUUGUUUUUCAUGAUUAAGCAUUCCAAUCCCAAUGCAACAUGGUGACAUUUGAUACAGGACUGUUCCCUGACACUUUUAGUAGACCUUUACUCCGUUUAUUGUGUUGUGUAUGUGUCUGUGUAGGCUGUGAAGUAUUCGGAAACUGCUGAAGCUUCCUUGCUCUCCUCUGUCAGCUGUUAGCUCGAGCCUUGACCUCGUCUCGGCUGCUUGAAGACAUUUUAAAGAGUCGUCUCCUUUAAAACAAAAGCAGCUCUCAGGUUUGAAAACUCAAACUGAGCGAGGAGCGAGAGGAAGCCAUGUAGACUAUAGGGACUCCAUUCUCUCCAUUCCUCCCCUGUUUUUCAGUCUGACAGCUGGCCUCGUGAUUCUCCGCAAGGUGAGUCAUCAGAGGUUCUGGUUGUGCAGGGGAAUAUAACGGCUUUCCACCAUUAGCCAUUCAAUUUGAAUAUAUUAAAAAAGGGGGGGAGGGGAGGGGGGCAGUGAGGUUUAAAGGUUUGCCAUUAUUUAAGGCUUCUGGAGCAGUUUAAUUACUACAUACAAUGAUAGACUUGACAAUAACAACUCUGGCACACCUCUCUUCCUUUUCUUUCCUC